AUGAGGAGGUCACCCGACGUCAGCCCCCGGAGGCUGUCGGACAUCAGCCCCCAGCUCAGGCAGCUGAAGUACUUGGUGGUAGACGAGGCGAUCAAAGAGGAUUUGAAAUGGUCCCGAUCCGUGGAGGACCUCACCAGCACAUCAGCGGGGCUCACUUCUAUAGAGGAGCGGAUCCUGCGCAUUACUGGCUACUACGGCUACCAGCCCUGGGCAGCCAGCUACAAAAGGGAUGAGCGCCCUCGGGACUCUCCAGCCCCAACAGAAACCCAAAUGCCAGCUGGUGUGGAGGCUGGAGGGAGAGCCGGCCAUUGCUGUUGGAAAUGCUCCAGAGAGCAGCUCAAGAAGUUUUUCUGGGGUGUGGCAGUGGUUUUGUGCAUCUGUUCCUCAUGGGCAGGGUCCACACAACUUGCCAAGCUGACCUUCAAGAAAUUUGAUGCCCCUUUUACCCUGACAUGGUUUGCCACCAACUGGAACUUUUUAUUCUUUCCUUUGUACUACGCUGGACAUGUUUGCAAAUCCACAGAGAAACAGUCUUUAAAACAAAGAUACAGGGAAUGCUGUCGAUUUUUUGGAGACAAUGGCUUGACAGUGAAGGUGUUUUUUACCAAGGCAGCUCCCUUUGGCGUUCUUUGGACACUCACAAACUACCUAUACUUACAUGCAAUAAAGAAAAUAAAUACUACGGAUGUAUCCGUGUUGUUCUGCUGCAACAAAGCCUUUGUGUUCUUGCUCUCAUGGAUCGUUCUCAGGGACAGGUUCAUGGGAGUGAGGAUUGUGGCGGCCAUCCUUGCAAUCGCUGGGAUCGUGAUGAUGACUUAUGCAGAUGGAUUCCACAACCACUCCGUGAUAGGCAUAGCAUUGGUGGUGGGAUCAGCUUCAAUGUCUGCUCUUUAUAAGGUUUUGUUCAAACUUCUCCUAGGCAGUGCUAAAUUUGGAGAAGCAGCCCUAUUUUUGUCCAUAUUGGGUGUAUUCAACAUCCUUUUCAUCACCUGUAUUCCUAUCAUUCUUUACUUCACCAAAGUGGAAUACUGGAACUCUUUCGAUGACAUUCCAUGGGGAAACCUUUGUGGAUUCUCAGUUCUCUUAUUGACAUUCAAUAUUGUAUUAAAUUUUGGAAUUGCUGUUACAUAUCCAACUUUGAUGUCACUUGGAGUUGUAUUAAGUGUGCCUGUGAAUGCAGUGGUAGAUCACUACACAAGCCAAAUUGUCUUCAAUGGAGUUCGGGUCAUCGCCAUCAUUAUCAUCGGCCUAGGCUUUCUCCUACUGCUAUUACCAGAAGAGUGGGAUGUCUGGUUGAUCAAACUACUCAUGCGCCUCAAAGUGAGGAAGAAGGAGGAGACAGCUGAAGGCAAUGGAGACAUAGGCUCUGGACUACAGAGCAAACACAGAAGGACCCACCCAUCCUUUGCGCGUUAAUGUCACUCACUCACGAAAUAGCGGUAACAAACAUCUCAUUCAAGGUUCAAAGGUCUUGUCUCGCAAAAGGGCACAUAUGUCCAACAUGGUGUACAUAAGUGUACAGUUUUGGUAUCUUACAGUAAGUCACCCGGUAUUUAUGGGCAUGUCCAAUUUGCUUGCACUUUUUUCACAUCAGACCUUUCACUUAAGAAUACCACUUGCAUAUGGAAGGAAAAAAGGAAAAGAAGAAAAAUAAAACAAGAACCCCUCAGCUCUUUUUAAAUGAAUGUAACAUUAAGAUUAUCUUUGCAUUGAUUGUUUAGGAGACAGGUUUUCGCAACAAGCCAAGGCAACUGGUUUUCAUGACAAGCCGGGACAGCCAUUUUGAAUCUUAGCAACCGAAUAUAUUACAUUACACACUGUGACUUUUUUUUAAAGAUAGAGUUAAGUCAUACUUUGUUUUAUACUAGAGCUCUACUCUUAAUUUUAUGGAGUUUCAAUGAACCAAAAGAAAAUUGAAGGUUUAUUUUGAAUGCAAUAUAGGAUAUGGAGAAGAGAAAAUAGAAAGGAUAAUGUGUUGGGUGAUCUGCUAUGACUGGUCUGGAGAGAGAAGUCAGUUAAGGAGAGAAAGGCUCUGCACGAGGGAAAUUGUGAAAGAAAGAUAUCAGAGCCCCAGCUGGUCUCUUUCUGCAUGUGUCCAUUUAAGAUCAUGCAAGAGAAAUUACAGUGCCUUCUAAAGAAUUUUCAUCUUUACCUUUGUGCAGCGACGUGACAUUGUAAGUCACCAGCACCAUCUUAAAAUGUAGAUGUAGGGAUCUUUAAAAACAAAUUCUAUU